AUGGUUGCAAAAAUCACAGCGAAAUUAAAUGAGCUGAAUCUAAAACUGCAAGAAUUAGCAUUCAUAGUAAAUCCUCUCAACACAAAUAGUAACGAAAUUCACGUUGAGCAAUUUGGAAUUCAUACUGGAUCUUUAGAAAUGCAAUUGAUCGAUUUAAAAAGUAAAACUUUUUUGGAGUGGAAAAUUUACAGAAUUGAAAGGCAAGUUGAAAAAGUUGGAAGUCCAGAAAUGUAUGUACGUAACGCAAAAAAGUGGAGAGCUUUGAAAGAAAUACCGCGAAUUGAGGGACUAUAUUCGCCGCAUGGAAUAAUCUUCCAGAUAGGUAUAGUGAGGUGA